AUGGAAGCCAAGCAGUCCAAGGAGGAGGAGAUGAAGAGACAGGUGAGGAAGAGUGCCGGGCGUGAGGACAGCUUGACGUCAGUGGAGCGGAUCCCCAACCACACAUACAAACAGUGGGGCUACAGCAGGCUGAGCCUAGCCCGCCUCAGCCUCAAGGAACCCCCAGAGGAACUGUGGGAUGUGACGAAGCUUGAGAAGCUCAAUCUGUCGUUGAACUGCCUACGGGCUCUGCCCCCCGCCCUUAGCAUCCUCAGCAACCUGGUGGUCCUCAACCUGAACCAGCUGACCAGCCUACCCCCGGAGAUCGGCCAACUCAGGCACCUCCGUGUCCUGUUCUGCUACCGCAACCAGCUGACUGAGGUCCCAGAGGAGCUGGGAAACUGCACUAGGCUGGAGGUCCUCAGCCUGACCAACAACAAGAUAUCUGGCCUCCCCGCUUCCUUCACCAGCCUGACCUGCUUGCGCAAACUCAACCUCAGCCACAACAAAAUUGUUCACAUCCCCGGCUGCAUCUACACCAUGAAGAGUCUGGUGUUCCUCCACCUGGCCUGCAACAGGCUGGAGUGCAUCGCCGAUAGCAUCGCGGCGCUGGUGGAGCUCAAGAUCCUCAUCGUGGAGGGGAACGAGAUCCACUCGCUCCCCAAGAUGAUCUGCUCCCUGAGGCGCCUGGAGCUUCUCAAUGUGGACUUCAACGACAUCCAGAACGUGCCCCAGGAGAUGCACCAGCUCAGCAGGCUGGAGAAGCUGGCCUGCCACCCCUUGGAUAAGGGGCUCCACAUCAUGCAAAACCCCUUGCAGGAGCAAAUCAAAGAAGUGCUGGAAGCAGACCUCACCACCCUGUUUAAUUAUCUCAAAUCUAAUUGA